AUGGUUUCCUGGUAUUAUGUCGCCGUCUUUGCAUGGUAUGUGUUGUUUCGAUAUAUUCGUUUGAUCGUUAAUUGCAUCUCCCAUUGGACCUUCAAGCCUGUACCAAUUGCCGAAAAUCCGUCAUAUACUUCGCAGGACGUGACGAUAAUUCUUCCCACCAUUGCCACUGGUGGCGAUUCCCUCCGAGACACCAUCUCAACAUGUCUCAAGUCAGAGCCGUACGAGCUGCUCUUGGUCACCAUCGAUGCGAACAGCGAGGCCCUCACCAAGAUGGCCAACGAGAUCAAUGCGAAGAAGAUCCGCGUGCUGAGCAUUCGAGAGGCGAACAAGCGCAGGCAAAUGUGUCGAGGCAUUCCCGAGGUGGUCACCCGAAUCACCAUUUUCGUCGAUGACGAUGUAGUCUGGCCGGAAAAGGUGCUGCCAUGGAUGCUGGCACCGUUUGAAGACCCGAAGACGGGAGGAGUGGGCACAUCGCAAAGGCUGAAACGGCCGGACUCGAUGAGUGCCUUUGCGUUCUUGGGCGCCACGUAUCUGGAACGACGCAACUGGGAUUGCUCGGCGUGCCUUAACAUUGACGGAGGCCUCCCGUGUCUCUCGGGGCGAACGGUGGCGUAUCGCAGUGACAUUCUGCAAGACGAGGCCUUCACGCAUGGUUUCACACACGAGGAGUGGAGGACGAUGCAGCUCAAUGCGGAUGACGACAACUUCAUCACGAGAUGGUUGUACUCGCAUGACUGGAAGAUCAAGAUGCAGUAUCACAAAGAAUGCGAGGUGCGGACGACAUUGGAAGAUGGGCCCAAGUAUCUCAGCCAAUGUCUGCGUUGGGUUCGCAGUAAUUGGCGCAGCAACUUGACGAGCUUGUUCGUGGAGCGCCACUAUUGGUAUACCCAGCCGUGGAGCACAUAUACGGUGCUACAGACCACAUUAACAGCAUGGGCAUUGCCUUAUGAUAUUCUGAUAUUUACAUCAUGGUAUCAAGCAUCAACGGAGUGGUCGUCUGAUUCGAGAUGGUACCUUUUCACAUUCCUCAUCCUGUGGACCUAUGGCUUCAGCAAGACUGUGAAGCUCUGGGGCCACUUUUUCCGUUAUCCUGCAGAUGUGGUAUAUAUGCCUCUCUACAUUGCAUUUGGCUAUUUCCAUGGCUUAAUCAAGCUCUAUGGAGCCUUCACUCUCAGUGAGACAACAUGGGGCAGCAGGGACGGAGCCGACACCGACAACCGCGUACGUAUGAUCAAACUACCCGCGUAUGGGUCAUCGCAACUCGACCAACCCGACGGUCGCAAAUCCGAGUCGUUCGACUAUCCGCCCUCUGGUAUGCCUCCCGUCGUCGACCAGCUUCCCGCUUACGCCACCCACAUGGAGCAUGAACCCAUACCACUGCUCUCCACCACGAACGUUCAACAACACCACCACCACCACCACCACCACAACAACAUGAUCAACAUCAACAACAAUAACAAUACCAACCACUAUCACGAUUAA